CAAACUUUAUCAUCAAAUUAAAAUGAUAUAGAUUGUUAGUUGCACUAAAUAGGAAAAUGUAUGUAUUAGUAAACAAAAGCUUACCAACAAGGCCUAAGCCGUGCAAUUUGCGUGGUGCCACAGUUCAUGCAACCCAAAUGCCGAAACCACCACACCUUCGUUAUUGCAAACCCACCACCCUUCACCACCAUAUAUAACCACAUCCAUCAUCAUUCACCUUCACCAAGAUACAGUCUACAAGAUUAAAAUGGGUGGUUUAAAGGUGGUGACUGGUGGUUUGUUACUAGCGGCUGUGGUCCUUUGGGUGGCGUCGAAAACUACAGCUGCCGUGGACUGUGUGACCGUGACCACCCUUGUUUCAACAUGCUCUGCCUAUGUGACGUAUGGCACCCCGGACCCCUAUCCAGGGUCCCCUUGUUGCGAUGCUAUAGCUAGUAUCAAUAACCUUGGCGACUCUGAAGAAAACCGGCGAUCGCUAUGCAUGUGCUUGAUGGGUGUUAUUACGACUUACAAUCCAAAUGCCACCGCCAUCGCUACCUUACCCGGCUUCUGCGGUGUUUCCCUUGGCUUUACCAUCGACCCCAAUACCGAUUGCAAUUACGUAUGAGUCAGAUCUCAAGAAUACAAAUAGGGGAAAUGGGAUGAUGGAUCCAUUAAAGAAUGCACAAGUUCUUGUUGAUGGAUGAAAUGCUGAACCGAACGACAAUUAGAGAUUUGUGUUCUUUUUUCAGUUUGAUUUCCAUGUUUAAGUGUAUAUCAUUCAGAAAUAACAACCGAUAACGUUUAUAACUAGGGGCUGUUUGACAAUUGCUGAAUGAUUUGGUGCAGAAUG